AUGAAGCUGCUGCUGCUGUUUCUGGGGCUGGCUCUGUUCUGCUCCCAUGGGGAAGGGAGUGAGGUGGUGAAAAGAAACUUUGAUCUGAAAAAGCUUUCAGGGAAGUGGCAUUCUAUUUUCUUGGCCUCCGACAAUAUGGAAAAAAUAGAAGAAAACGGUAGCAUGAGGCUUUUUGUGGAGUACAUUCAAGGCUUGAAAAACUCUUCCUUGUCGUUUAAAUUCCAUGCUCCUGUGAAUGGAGAAUGUACUGAAUUGCAUUUCGUUGGAAACAGAAGAUUUAAUAACAUAUAUACUGUUAUGUAUGAUGGAUUCAACAUAAUUUCCAUAACUGAGACAGACUAUGAUACCUAUAUUAUACUUCACCUUCGGAAUAUCAAGAAUUUCAAAACCUUUCAAAAGCUGGAGCUCUUAGGCCGAGAGCCAGAUGUGAGUCCAGAAGUCAAGAACAGGUUUAGAGAACUAGCUAAAGAGAAGGGAAUAAGCGAGGAGAACAUAGUAGACCUCACCAGUGCUGAUACCUGUCUCGAGGCCCAAGAAGAAGUGUAA